AGCGCACCAAAGACAUCCACAAGAAAUGCCCCCUCCACGAAGAGCUCUACAUCAUGUUCUCCACCGAGAAGAAGUCCAUGCUGUGCAUUAACUGUUUCCGCGACAUGCCAGUGGAGAGCCGUGCGCACUGCAUCGACAUUGAGACGGCAUACAUGCAAGGCUGCGAGAAGCUGGACCAGGCGGUGAUGGCGGUGAAGGAGCUCCAGACAUCCACCACGGAGGCCAUCGUUCUGCUGAAAGCCAUGAUAGAAGAAGUGCGGAACAGCGCAGACGAGGAGGAGACCUCCAUCAAUUCACUCUUCAGCAGCAUGCAGGAGAAACUGGCGGAAAGGAAGAAGAUGCUCCUGAAAGUGGUCCAGAGCCAGUAUGAAGAAAAGGAGAAGGCCUUCAAGGAACAACUAGCCCACCUGGCAUCUUUGUUGCCCACCUUGCAGGUUCAUCUGGUAACCUGUUCUGCCUUCCUCAGUUCUGCAAAUAAGGCCGAAUUUCUGGAUUUGGGCUACCAACUGAUGGAGAGGUUGCAGAAGAUUGUCAAACUGCCCCAUCGGUUGCGGCCUUCCCAGACAAGCAAGAUCAACACUGAAUACCAGGCAGAGUUUGCCCACUGCUUGGAGCCGUUGCUGCUCCUGACGCCGCGCCGCUCUGUGGUGGUCAACGGAGGGGCCAUCGGGCCGGGAAUGACCAACAGCAACAUGAUGUCCGGAGGCCCCUGUUCGAAGACCCUCUUGGUGCCUGGAUGCCCCUCUGCAUGUGAAAAGUUGUCUCUGGCUGGAUCUCUUGUCCGGAAGCCCACCAUGCACCGCUACAUUAGCACCAAGGUCCUCCUGGCCGAAGGCGGCGAGACCCCCUUCAUGAAGCAUUGCCGCAACUAUGAGAGCAUGUAUCGGGCACUUCAGACAGAGAUCCAGAACUUGAAGGACCAGGUCCAGGAGCUGCAUCGGGAUCUGACCAAGCACCACUCCCUCAUCAAGACCGAGAUCAUGAGCGAGAUCCUGCAGAGAUCCCUCCAGAUGGAUGUACAGAUUGCCUCCGAAUAUUCCUCGGUGGAGAUGAUGCGGAGCGCGUUUGAAGAGACCUGGGAGGAGACCUACCAGCGAGUGGCGAAUGAGCAAGAGAUCUAUGAAGCCCAGCUACAUGACCUUCUCCAGCUCAAGCAGGAGAACAGCUACCUGACCACCAUCACCAAGCAGAUCGCACCCUACGUCCGCUCCAUUGCCAAAGUGAAGGAACGGCUGGAGCCCAGGUUGCAGGAAGCCAAGGAGAAGGAGGAACAUGCGGAAAGCCUGCUGAAGAUCUACAAUGACGGUGCCAUGACUUCGGACCCCCAGCACAGGACUGAGUUGUGCAGCAGCAGCAGCAGCAAAGAGCGAGAACCAAAAGGAGAAAGCCAAAUUCUGAGCCCUUCUGCCGAAGACUCUCCGCUGAAGAGCAAAGACUCUUUCAGAAGCAAACAGAAGACCAGAUCCGAAAGUAUGCCGGAGGCAUCUGGACCCCGCAGCGCAACCAAGGAAGGCGACCAGGGAGCUGAAUCGCUCCUAAACUGAAUGCGUAGGAGACUCUUCUUUGAAACAAGAACCAUUCUGGAAGAGUCUGGUUUCAUGCUGUGGUGUGUCCAGAAAAAGGCAAAAGGCUGAGAUCUCACAGCAUGCUCUACAUUUCGCCGCUUUAUAAAAAUCCAUAUCUACGUUGUAGAAAUGAGACAAAAUCCUGCUAGCGAUUUGCAAAGAUGUCCAAGAGUAUCCCAAUGCACAUCCUAGUUGGUAUCCAUAGUGCAUCAGUGCUCAUUGGGCCAUGAUUUAAACUGGAAACAAGGGUGGGAAGAAAAAGAGAAAUCAUCUCACCAUCUCUGAAGAAACUUGCCAAGAAAACCCCAGAAUUGGUUCGCCUUAGGGUUGCCAUGAGUUGGAAACAACUUGAAAGCACACA